AUAGUUGUGAUUUGGUAGAACUGACGAGUGUGGCCGGAGAUCUGACAGCGGCUUGUUUGUUGUAACCGACAUUUCGUAAUUUGUUACUUUCAUCGUGAAAUUGUUACAAUGAUCCAGGGACGAGCUCUUCACUUUGUAUUCAAAGUUGCAGACAGAACAUUGACAGCAAAAUUUUAUAGAGAAGUGCUGGGAAUGAAGGUUUUGCGACACGAAGAAUUUACUGAAGGUUGCGCAGCUGCAUGCAACGGGCCAUAUGACAAUCGAUGGAGCAAAACAAUGGUUGGAUAUGGCCCUGAAGAUACCCAUUUUGUUGUGGAACUCACAUACAAUUACAAUGUUCACUCAUACGAAAAAGGAAAUGACUUCAUUGGCAUCACUGUGCGAUCAAAGGAAGCUAUAGAACGUGCCAAAGCAGUUGGUUGGCCACUGGAGCAGGAGAAUGGAUUACAUGUUGCAACAGCGCCUGGAGGUUACAAAUUUUUCCUCAUCAAUGAUUCGCAGCCAACUGGUAGAGAUCCUGUAGAGAAAGUAGCACUGGCUAGCUCUAAUCUCAGUAAGUCUAUUCAGUAUUGGAAUGGCAUUUUAGGUCUAAAAAAAUAUAAUGAGACAGGAACAUCUGUGCUUCUUGGGUUUGGUGACAACCAAGCAAAAUUGGAAUUGUUUGACAUAGGCAAACCAGUUGAACAUAAAACAGCAUAUGGCAGAAUUGCUUUUUCAUGUCCAUUUGACGAACAACCGAAAAUAAAUAAGAAAAUUGAAGAGACAAAUAAUACUAUUCUAACACCACUUACAUCUCUGGAUACACCAGGGAAAGCAACAGUAAGAGUAAUAAUUCUCGCAGAUCCUGAUGGCCAUGAAAUAUGCUUUGUUGAUGAUGAAGGUUUUAGAGAGCUGUCCAAAGUAGAUCCAGAAGGGGAAGCUUUGUUAGAUAAAUACAUAAAGAAGGAUCUUGAAAGAAUGAAAACAGAGUAAAAUAUCUAACCAAUCUCUGUUAAUUACAUGAUAUGUCAGUGGUCCCUAACUUUUCAUUGAAUAAGAGACUGAAAGCUACUGUGAUGGCAAUUUCAUGAAAGUAUUACUCAUUUAUUUUUCUAAAAAUGCUUGAAACGUAUUAAGGUGUAUUUGUGUUAUACAUAGCCCAGGUACUCUCAUCACAUUUAUGGAUCUGUUUUUGAAAGUGUAUGGCUAUGCGAUUUGUAACUGGUGUUGGUGCAAUAGAUGUUUUACUGCUAUGCAGAAAUAUUACUUUGUUAUUGUAUGCAAAUUUUACAUACAAAUUAAAAUGUUUGUGAAUUUUCA